UUCGAUUCUGGCUUGAGGACGCCGAAACUGGCCGAACGUCCAACAGGUCGGCCUGUACCACAUCAGGGGAGGCUGGAGGUGGUGGGAAAUGAGGGGCGAAACGGCAGAGCGGGCGGGCAGGCCAAAUGCCUCGGUUGGGUAGAAAUACCACAUGUUGGCAUCCGGUUUGAAGAGGCGAGUGACAGGGAUUCGUAA